AUGGAGCUCACAGCCACAGCCCCGAGGAGGCUGGCCCGAGCACAGGUCCAUGAGGCAGUGACCGGUCGUGAGGAGAAGCACCCCGCGGGCACCGUGAACAUUUGGACGGGGCGCCGGCUUGCUGGCCAUGGCGCGCGGGAGAAGGGGCCCAGGGUGGCAUCCAAGUACAAGUGCCACCCCGAGACCGACCAGGGCUGGACCAGGGGGGAGGGGUCUGGCGCCUCCUACUGCUGCCUCUACUUUGCCAGGGGCCUGUGCCACCACGGCGCCGAGUGCAACUACCUGCACCGCCUCCCGGAUGAGGGCAUGGAGGCGCGGCACGCGCGCGACCACGCCGUGGACAUCUUCGGCCGCGACCGCAACCCGGCGUCGCGCGACGGCCGCAAGCGUGGCACCGGCUCCUACGAGCGCGAGUGCCGGACGCUGUACGUCAACUACGGCGGCGCCGGCGUGGAACCCAGCGCCAUGCAUGCUGCGGUGCGUGCCGGGUUUGGGGCGUGGGGCCCUGUGGAGGACGUUCACGUGGCGGCGGCCAAGACCCUGGCCUUCGUGCGCUUCCGCUGGCGCAGCAGCGCCGAGUUCGCCAAGGCUGCUAUGCAUCAGCAGAGCCUGGCAGGUGUGCAUGGCGCUGAGGUGCUGGACGUUCGGUGGGCCAACGACGACCCCAACCCGCGGGCGGCCAGGAGGGUGCAGCGCGAGCGUGAGGAGGCCAUGCGCGACGCGUAUGUGCAGGCCGUCAACACUGCAGACCCGGUGGCGAAGCGCGCCAGGCUCCAGCAGCUGCACCUGGCGGCCAUGUGGAAGCCGGACACGAGCGACCAGUAUGGUGACAGCCCGCCGCCAGGUUACAGCGGCUGGGACGAGUACUACUACCAGGACAGGGACCAAGCCCCCGACGGGGCGAGCGACGCACUGCAUGGGCCCCAGGGCUCCGCAGGCCACGAGGGCGCCGCCGAGGCUGGCGAGGAUGACAUCUCCAGAUACCUGACCUCCGAGGAGCUGGCCGAGCUGACAGGAGGGGGAGGAGGAAAGGGGGAAGACGGAGGUCAAGCGAGGACAGAAGGGUCUGACCCCGGUCAGGGGGAGGCCGGGGAUGCAAGUGGCCUGGUCUCACUCCUCGCAGCGUACGACUCGGAUUGA